AUGGCGUCGAGCCUUGCCCGUAUUUUACAUUGGACUGGGCUUUGGCAGUUCUUCCUCGUCCAAUAUGGGAGGGUUUGGGAUUUCAUGCGAAUGCUCUAUAGCGAGUCUCCAUCACAGGUAGAAGGAGACCAGCAAACUAAGCCCGCCGUGCAGAGCCAACCUCGCCACAUCAGAUACCACCCUGUCCCAGGGUCCUGGCGGCGACGACUCUCACCUGCCUUACCAGAAAAGGCUUUUCAGAUCCCUAACGACAUACCUCCUGGUCAUAUAUACUAUAUCACAAAAGGGCGAUAUAUUUUUGGCUACAUUGUCAAAUAUCCCAAGCCGAAUCCCUAUAGCCCUAGGGAUGAAGAGAGUCGUCGCAGGGAUAUGCAGAUAGAGGCCGAUGUAUACCAGCGGAUUGGAAACAGCCCCUAUGUUCCUAAGCUGAUUCAAUGGGAUGAGCAGUCAUGCUGUCUAACGCUGGAGUGUCUUGACAACGGGGACUUGGGAUCGUAUCUGAGAAAUACGGCGACAGAGAAGUCUACGAAACACGUUACGUAUGCUCUACGAAAGCGCUGGACGGUGCAGGCGGCAGAGGCCCUUGCCGUAGUACAUGCGGCGGACGUGGUUCAUUGCGAUGUUACGCCACGCAAUUUCAUGUUGAACGCGACUCUCGACCUUCAUAUUGCUGACUUUGCUGGCAGCUCAGUUGCCGGAUCGGCUCCUACCGUCACAACUAGCCCGAGGUAUCAGCCACCGGGCUGGAACUGGAAACGCAAGCCGGAAAAUGCGGACGACAUUUUCGCCCUUGGCUCAGUUAUCUAUUUCAUCAUGACGGAUCGGGAGCCGUACAACGAGCUUAACGACGGCCAGGUGGAGGGGCUUUUCAAGGAAGCCAAAUUUCCAGAUGUUUCUGAGCUGACAGGUGGAGAUAUCAUUCGGGGCUGCUGGAUAGGGUCCUUGGAAAGUGCGCGACAGGUUGCAAGUGCUUUGACUGAACUGUAUUUAGUAGAGAGUUAG